GGGGCAAGGUUCUCGGAAACUCAAUGCAAGCAGGGGGUGGUGAUAGAGUGCUCGGUGGCAUAUUCUUUCUUGUCUAUUACUGUGUCACACCAGUAGAUUGCAAUUGCCAUCGUCGGAUUGAAGUGCAGCGCGGCACGCAUACUGGCUGUGUUUGACUUCGUAGCAGGAGGAGUCUGAUUGUUUUAUUUAGGCAACAAGCGAAUCGUGAGUCUAGUUUGCGACGUCCGCGAGUUGCUGCGGUCGGCUGGCAGCCUUAGAGCCCAAGGUAAUUUUACGGAGGAAGCCAGUUGAAUUGCUACUGCCCACCACCAUUUUGGAAGAUGGCUGGUUAUUUUGAGGAGCACAACUGCACACCACUGCCUGAUGGAGCAGCCCCAGAUGCUCUGCUGCAGUUUGCCAGGUUCCUGGCACAGUCUGGUUGGAGCACAGUAUUUGAGGAUGACUUCAGAAACCUUAUGGAUGGCAUUCCAUCCCCACCAGCAGCCAAGGCAGUGGUAGAGGGCCUUGCACAGAUUGAGAUCACAAAAGAAGGUGUGCAGUGUCCAGUCUGCCUGAAGGAGUUUGAUUUCUGUGAAGUGGCCAGGCAGUUGCCUUGCAAGCACCAGUACCAUGCUGACUGCAUUGUGCCCUGGCUUCAAAAGACCAACACGUGCCCCACGUGCCGCCUGGAGCUGCCCACGGACGACGAGGCGUAUGAGGCCCAGAGGAAGUACAAGGCCAGGUCGAAGCAGCGGGAGCAAGACUUAGAAAAUUUGCACAACUCGAUGUUUGGUUAGAACGACGGAGUCGUGAUUGCGACAUUAAACCUGAUUGCACUGGGCCAUUGUAAUCGAUCCAGCGCAUGUGUCGUACAAACUAUCCAGUGUCAUAUUGCAGAGUGUUGUUGAGAGCGUCGUCCUUACCCAAUACAUGUGUAUGUACGACACGAAACGUGCCGCUGCGGGUUGCGGGGUUCGCAGUGAAAUACCUUUGCCUUUAGCUGUGGUAAUGACCUUGACAUUGUGUGGGGUCUUGGGAUUCCAGAGUACGGCAACCAUGAUGUUGUGGUCACGUUUAACCAAAGGGCGUGUUUCGACCAUGUCGUUUAUGUUCCUGUCCCAGAUUAGGCCAAUGAUUUGAAGCUUCGUUUGUUUCCAACGUUUUAGUGCAAUUUGCCCAAAAAUACAUGACUCCGAUAUGACUUUCUA